AUGGCAGCCAGUCCUCCACCAUCGCCUCCACCGGUGACACUCCCGUCACUCCCUACUAUUGCGACACUCAAUGCCAAAAUCCGACUUGGCAUCAACACAAUUCCACGUCCACCACCCGGCCUCGGCCUAGAGACUACAGAGAAGUUUAAAGCUUUAGAAAGGGUUCAUGAAGCCUACCAGCGUUUGAAGCUUCAUGGCUUCACAAUCGAGCAACUUCAAGCAGCAGGAUGCUUUGGGAACCCGAACGAUAGACCAAUGAACCUUCCUAGGGUCGUUCAUCCAUUUUACGAACUUCAUCACUGGGACAUGCCAAAGAACUUUCUCGAAGACAUUGGCCAUGGAUUCCCAGGGAAAUGGGAUAUCAACGAUAAUCAGAUUGUCGCGGAUGCUAUGCUUCCAGUAUUACAUCUGGCAACCAUGAUCAUGACUCGUGUGAUGCCAUGGCCUUGGUUCGAUUCUCUAUAUCUGGGUGACUACCUUCCGGUUGCAGCAGCCGAUUGUCCUGAUGGAUGUCCAACAACAAGUCCAGUAUACUCUGUUCAUUCCUUCCAUCUCCGGAAAAACCAGCGGGUCAUCUCAGCAGAGGAGGCUGCUAAGAUUCUCCAAACCCAACACAUUCCAGCCUUUGUUAACGCGAAUAUCGGCAUUCGUAUCAUAUCUAGGGUUGCUUACAUCGCAAACAGCACGAGCCAAACGCUUGCUUUUGGAUGGUGGCAAGGUUUCGAGCUGCAUAACCCUCCACCAGAAAACCCUAGGAAAUGGGGAUCGGGAUUCUUGACUCUUUCUGCAGAGGCUUGUUUGCCGUUAUUGCGGCAGGACCUUACCGUCUCAGAGCGCCUCGCACAACAAUUCAACGUCGCUAAGACUAUCUGUCAUGAAACAAUGCACGCUUUUGGAUCGUAUAUCAGGACAACCGUGGCGUCAAUGCCACUUACUGGCGCGGAACCUUUUUUCGAGGAUGAGGCUAUUUCAGAACUGGGUAAUUCUUGGGAGGCCAACACCUUCGGCGGGAAAUUGACUCAGAUCCACGAUAAAAUAGCCAGCCAAUUUCACGAGCUAGCGUUAGGAAGCGUAGUAGGAGAUUAUCCUUCGUUUGCGAGUUUUGGAAAUGGUCAAUACGACUUGAGCGGAAAGCGGAAACGAAACCACCAAAAUUUUAAAUUGGGCGCAGGAGCAACAGCCGCUUAUUGGCCACUUUCAGGUAUUUAUAUCGAGAACUUACAGCAAGAAUCUUUCUGGCAAGCCCACGUAACCAAGUACGGGCCUGAUGCACUUCUCACACCUCGUGUUCUGGGGAAAUGGUACGAAAUGGACUACCCAUCUCCGUACCCCAGGUACAUACAAGCAGCAAGUUAUCCAACGGUCUAUAGAGCAGGAAUGUCAGCGUCGCAGGUUACGGAGGAAGUAGCGCGGCAAGCUUCCUACUUCAAAGCGCAAGUCGACGCGGAUCUGAAGAGGACACAACUAGUCUUCGACGAGCUAUUCAGAAAGGCAAGACUAUAUACAAACAUAACAGCACUUCAAGCAGCAGAUUUCAAAGCCCAGAUCGAAUUCUACAAUGAAGCUUGCACCAUGGCGGCCCGGCCAGCACGAUACAGCGUCGCAACCGACGCUUACGAUCUUCUCAACGCACUGCGGUUAUCUGAUUUCUUAAUCAUCAGGAUUAAGUCGUGCUUUACAAUGGGUGAAGGGGUCCCGAGAAUGGGAACCUCGAUUAGUGCGCGGAGGGCCUUUUUGAAUAUGGCGCUGGCUGAUGUCUUGCUUUUGGAGGGGGCGAAUCCGGGGGAUCAGGCGGUGGUGAAGUUGAGACAGGAUAUACAGCAGGCGAUUGCGGAUAAUAUUACGGAGUCUCAGCAGCCGCCGCCGGCUUCCUUGAUUUAGAGAGCGCGAGAAAGAGGAUUUGGAGGGGUAUUGCAUUGAGGUAUG